AUGGCGGUCAAGGAACGUAGAAAGGUUGCUGAACUAUUGGCCAAAGAGGCUGAAAUCCAGAAACUUUGGGAGAAUGCUAAAGUUUUCGAAGUGGACGCUCCAGAGGAUCUGAAUGAGCCGAAAUAUCUUGUUACUUUCCCAUAUCCGUAUAUGAACGGUCGUCUCCAUCUUGGGCACACAUUCACAAUCUCAAAGUGUGAGUUUGCAAUUGGUUAUCAACGUUUGCUGGGGAAGAGGUGUUUAUUCCCAUUCGGAUUGCACUGUACCGGAAUGCCGAUCAAGGCGUGUGCUGACAAGCUGAAGAGAGAACUCGAAGAUUUCGGAUAUCCACCCGUAUUUCCAGCUGAAGACGGUUUAGAGCCGGAGGAGGUACACAGGAGUGCAGCCGAUGAAGUAAUCAAAGAUAAAAGCAAAGGAAAAAAGAGUAAAGCGGUAGCAAAAUCGGGAGGUGCGAAAUACCAAUGGCAAAUAAUGCAAUCGUUGGGAUUGAGUGAUGCCGAGAUCGCGCAAUUCGCUGAUGCACAUCACUGGCUCGGUUACUUCCCACCACACUGCAUCGCGGAUCUGAAGAGAAUGGGUGCGAGGUUUCAGAUCGAUUGGCGUCGUACUUUCAUAACAACCGAUGUUAAUCCUUAUUAUGAUUCAUUUGUGUGUUGGCAAUUUCGUAAGUUA